UUCAUUUCGUAGUAUGAGAUGCACUGACAAUAAAGUAAACUAUGAACUAAAAGGGUGUCCAAAUCUGGCCACUUUUAAGACCUACAGACUUCCCAGCAUGGCUGGCAGGGGAAUGAUGGGAAUUGAAGUCCACGGGUCUUAAAAGUCGCCAAAGUUAGACACCCCUGCUGUAACGUACCGUGGGCAGCUCCAUAGUGGCCUGAUGGGUUGAAGAGGAAUCAAAAGAGCCCUGGAAAAUGUUGGCUAAAGGAUAAUUAAUUGGUUUUCAUGCCCAGAAAAUUAGCCCAAAGAGGACUACGCUCUCCUGGCGCAUAAUUCAGCCCGGGGAGGGGGGGCAGUUGUAGCUACGGUGACUUCCCUCCACCCCCAAUGACCCUCUGGAGAUGUGGCUGAACAACAGGAGGUCUGGCUGAAUCCCAGACUCAGGCACGGGGAAUAUCACGUAUGCUCGCUCUGAGCGAGCAAAAUAUUUUCCAGCUUUUGCUUUCAGACACAGCCGGGUUUCUGGGACGAAAAGCUCCAGGUUUGAGUCUCGGGAGAGACAGCCCCCCCCCCCCCAGUCCCUGGUCAGACAACAUUCCUGCGUGGUGUGUUUGUUCCAAACGUCCUGCGCUGGCUGAAGGCCUCUGGCUUCCCUCUUCUGUUUAUGCCCUGUUUAUGCGCUCUUUCCACAGACAGCUCAUUCUCCCAGUGUGUUGUCUGGCAGGAGAGGAAGUUCCUGGCCGCUGGAAGCCCUCUCCAACCGGCCUGAUAAGAACCCGGCUCAGACCUGCGGCACUCCUGGGCAUGGGGCCAGGGGGUGUAUGUGGGGGGGGGAGGAUGUUGGCAAGGCUGGCUUGGGUUGUGAUGUGGGUUUCUGAUGGAAUGUGACCUGCGAUGGGUGAAUAUUAAAGAAACAGCCAUGGGGUUCGACAUAAAAACCAGCGCUGAUUUGGGGUCGCUCUGCGGGGCUAAUGGCGAAGACCCAUCCAGGGACAGAAGACUAGGAAAGGGCUGCUAGACCUGUGUGACAAAAGGCCAUACAGUGAGAUCCUUCGUGCUAUCGGAGCUUGAUGGUUCUCUUGCAGGCGUCUCAUUACCAAGCUAGGUAACGUCAUCCAUACCAGAAGAAUUUGUGUAGUGGAGGAGGAGAAGAGGACGACUAUGGGAUUCUCGUUGCUCUCUAAGCUUGUUUUCUUGCAGACAUUUCAUUACCAAACUAGGUAACAUCAUCAGUGCUAGAAGGAUGUGGGGUUUGAGCUCUGUAAAUCCUGUAAAUGUAGCACUGGUGAUGUAACUCAGUUGGGUAAUGAAACAACGGCAAAAAAACCAACAAGCUCAGAGCAUCAAGCUUCCCACAGUUCUCUUCUUCUUCUUGGAAGUUUGGGAAUUCUGGGAGUUGAAGUCUGUACAUCUAAACGUCACCAAGGUUGAGAAACUUUGUCUAGUCACUUUCAGAAAUGUUUCUCCAUCAGAAUCCUCAUAUGUUUUGUCACAAUCUAGGCGAUGGCUGCUAUCAAUCAAUCCAUUUAUUACAGCCUUAGACCAGAACAGAUAAAAACGCUCAGUUAAAAAUUCUAGUAUAAAAUAAUAAAUAACAACUAAAAUCUGGAAUAAAAUCCAGGCCAAUGGCAGCUAAAAUACAAGGGCUGGCAGAAUGAGCUCCGACACAGGUUGACAUGAUGACAUCUGAAUAAUGGCCCAGUGUAGCAAAGGCCUUCUGAAUGUUUCACCAAGGGGGGUUGUGGGAAAAGGCGGCCCCCUUCCAUGCUCGAUGCUAUCUGGGAAACGGAUCUUGGCAACUACCAGCACGGAGGUCCGAAUGCCCCUUCUUCUGUAUCUGGGCCCAACAAAUGGCACACGGGGCUUCUCCAGCGGUGGGCAAAGAGCCGCUGUGGUGUUGCUGCAGGGUGCACAGAAGCAACAACUUUCAACUGCUUGUUUAUUUUGGCUCUGGCCAUUCACUCGUCUGGCUGACAUCACAUCCUGAGAGCAGGGAGACCGGCACCUCCACCGGCAGGGUGGGCACAGCCCAGGCAAUCUGAACGAGUGCCGGGACCUGCUUUCUCUCUCAUUUCAAGGUGGACAGGGAAGGCCAAGGGGACUGGCUCUGCCCCUGAGGUCUCCAAGAGGCUUUCCUGCUAUGGGUGACCCAGAAGAGCUGGGGAAAGCUUGAAGAGCAAGCGGACAAGGAAGAGGCCAUUAAGUGCGGGAAGGAACAUGGAUUCUUGCCCAGAACUUCAACUUUUGCAAUUCCACAAUGAUUUCUGGUAACUUGCCCGUUUUGGUGAUUUUACUCGUACCUCUCGCCUUCUGGGCAUCCGAGAGUCUCCAGAUGGCAUCGCCAGACACUGCUGAGCCCAAGAGCAACCGCAUCCCAGAGCAGCUUCCCCUCCAAAUCUUCCAAACCGUCCUGUUGAAACGGCUGGGCCUGCAAAGGCGGCCAGAGCCCAAACCCAAACUGAUGGUCCCCCAGUACCUGCUGGAUCUAUACCGGUUUUCCUCCAGGAAGCCUCCAGCGUCUCCAAAGGACACCGAGCAACCCUUCCUGGAAGGCCGAGCAGCGACAGCCAACACCGUGCGCACCUUCCAUCAUGUUGAGGAUUCGGUGCAUGUCUCUGAAAGCGCAGGAAAUGCGUUCUACUUCCUGUUCAACCUCACCGUGCUGCCUGUGGAGGAGGAGCUGACCGCCCUUGAGCUGCGUCUCUACCACUCCUCGAAGGAAAGCCACGGCUUAUACAUCCACAUUUACCACGCCGUGGAUCCCCCACCUGUGGCCCCAAACAAGAGCCGGCUCCUCACGUGCAAAUUGGUGACUCCCAGCCAGCCCCAGUGGGUGAGUUUUGAUGUGACGGCUGCUUUCCGGGAAGCAAGAGAACAGAAGCGUGACCUUGGCCUUCUGGUCGAGGUGCAGCCUUCGAACCGCAGCCAAGACCUUCCGCGCCAACAGGUUCCCCUCCGUGCAAGACGCUCUCCCGGCCAAGAGGAGGCCCAGUGGGCUCUCGAAAGACCUUUACUGGUCACCUACAGCCGUGACCGAAGAGGGCAACCUCUGACCAACCAAAAAAGGCAAAGCAGAAGCCGCCCCGUUAGAGGCAGAGGAGUGGCCAAAGCCCCAGCGUCUGCCAGGAAGCACAAGGGCCUGAGGCCGAAGACGAAAAGCGGCACCAGGUGCAGAAGGCACCGCCUCUUUGUGGAUUUCAAGGCAGUGGGAUGGAACGACUGGAUCAUUGCUCCUAGUGGCUACCAUGCUUUCUACUGCUCGGGGGACUGCCGCUUCCCGCUGGCCGACCACAUGAACUCUUCCAGCCAUGCUGUGGUGCAGACCAUCCUGAACUCGGUGAACUCCAAAGUGCCCAAGGCCUGCUGUGUCCCCACAGAGCUCAGCCCCAUUGCUAUGCUUUACCUAGACCAGAACGAUAUGGUGGUCCUCAAGACCUACCAAGACAUGGUGGUGGAGGGAUGCGGGUGCCGCUAGAAGCCCAAAGUGCCCUGGAUGGUCUUUUCUCAGUAUUAAAACUGGGAGGGGGGGUGUCUCUCAGUUAAAGUGACGGACAAUAAAGUCGGGCCUCUCAAAGGCAUUUCAAGUAUUAAUUGGAAAAGGGUGGGAGGGUCAGUACAAGAUCACCGCAGACAAGGAGCUACAUAGGAUCUCCCCCCUACGGAAUUAAUUUAUUUCCAAAAAUCAGCCACAGCUCUGGACUUUUACAAUGAUAUCUUCCCACAGGGGCCACAUUCUGCAGGCCGCUGUUGAAGACAGCAAGGCCGUUGUGAUUAAUCUCAUGAGUCAGCAAUUAAUCAGUUUUCCCUGCCAUCUUUUAAUGCAACAAUUGGUCAACAACCACUCUGAAUAUAACUGUUAUCCUUUUCAGCUAGCAGGGACUAUGGGAGCUGUAGCUUAAAAUAACUGGGAUGCAUGAAAUUACCUAUAAGAGCCAUGGUGGUG